GCGGCGGCCGCACCGCUUCCCCCCACCCCGCCACAGGCACCGGGGAGCCCGCCAUGUUCGCGGAGUUGAACGAGCUGCUGAACGCCUCCCCGCAGCGACCGGAGGCGGGUAAAUUCACGCUGCUGCGAGACACCAGGACGGAUGGCAGCUUCCUAGUGCACCAUUUCCUCUCCUUCUACCUCAGAGCUGGCUGUAAGGUUUGCUUUGUGGCCCUGCUCCAGUCCUUCAGUCACUAUAACAUCGUCGCACAGAAGCUGGGAGUCAGCCUGACAGCUGCCAAAGAACGGGGACAGCUUGUCUUCUUGGAAGGCCUUAAGUCCUGCCUUGAUCUCUUGUUUGGAGAGGAGGAGCAGUCUGGGCAGCCCAGUCCUCUUCAAUUUAUAAGUGAGAGCGCUUCCGACCUCAAAGCCUUGUUUGAGUUCGUCCGGACGUCCCUGAGUCCCACCGGCGGCGACUCCUGGGAGGGCCCCGUGCUGCUGGUGGAUGACCUCAGCGUCCUGCUCAGCCUGGGCGCCACGCCAGUGGCCGUGCUGGACUUCAUCCACUACUGCAGGGUCACGGUGUGCUCCCAGCUGAAGGGAAACAUCGUGGUGCUGGUUCACAGCAACGAGGAUUCGGAAGACGAGGAAAACGAACUGGUUGUGAACUCCCUGUGUCAUCACAGUGACCUGAUCCUGUGGGUGGAGGGGCUGGCGACCGGCUUCUGCAAGGAUGUUCACGGGCAGAUUAAAAUAAUUAGGAGAGUGUCCUUGGAGCUGACAGCGGAGCAGGAUCUCGUCCAGAUCUACCAGUAUAAGAUCCAGGACAAGAACGUCACCUUUUUUGCAAGAGGGCUGUCGGCUGCAGUCCUGUGAUGCCUCGAUGCCGUGUGGGGCUACAAGAGCAACGCGGAGUGGGGCCGGGGAGGCUGGUACCUCCAGACCUGGACGUGCCACCAAACCAGCCUGACUGCUUCACCGGUGCCUUCCAGGAGCCGUGCAGCAAAGCGACCCGCAAGGGAAGCUUAGACGCGUGUUGAACUGCAUGCCAACGAGGGGAUUAGCCUGCCCAGAGCUUGCUGCAUGCCUCUGUCCUCCCUCCCCAUUCCCAGCCUACGCAGGCCAGGAAGAAGAGCAAAAACUUGCAAGAAUGGCCCUUAGAGCGUGUCAGUACAAGCAGGGGGGAUGCCCCACGGGCUGGGCGUGCCUCACCUUUUCCCUCCCGUUCCGAAGGGCUGUGCCAAGCGCUGCUGCUUGGAGGGAUCACCCCACCCUCCCGCUGGCGAUUCGCGAGGUGACGCAGAGCAGGUGGAGGCAGGGAUGGUCUGGCAGCGUGUUGCAAUCCUUACCUUUCUCCCAGCUCUGGCACGGGAGAGAUUUGCUCAAUUCCCAGCUUCCACGCAAUUAAAAGAUCUACAGCUACA